AUGCCACCGAAAAGAAAAGCGCCCCCGGCGGCGCAGCCGAGUGCUAAGGCGGGAAGGUCGUCACGCAUGUCGACUCCCGGCGCCGGGACACCACGCAGCUACGAGAGCGCCGAUGAGGUGGAGGAGGAUGACGGGCCGGUCGACGAGGUCCUAGAGCGCGAUAUCGACAAGAACAUAGAUAUCUUCUCGCUCGAGCAUUACCAGAAAAAACAUCACAUCCGCGAGCCACUGCCGCACAUCUUUGGUGACCAUGACUUCUCGUAUCUUGACCUGAAAAAGGACCACCAGAACCGGCCGCUCUGGAUCGAUCCGCAAAAGGGUAGAAUCAUCCUGGAAAGCUUUAAUCCGCUCGCAGAGCAGGCCCAGGAUUUCCUGAUCACCAUCGCCGAGCCACUGUCACGACCGACGUUCAUGCACGAGUACGCCCUCACGACGCACAGUCUCUACGCCGCCGUCUCCGUCGGUCUGUCGCCGCAGGAUAUCAUCAACACGCUCCAGCGGUUCCUCAAGACACCCCUGCCCGAGGAGAUUCGAACGUUCAUCACGAGCUGCACACAGAGUUACGGCAAGGUCAAGCUGGUGCUCAAAAACACCAAGUACUAUGUGGAAAGCCCGGAUCCCAACAUGCUCCAGACGUUACUCAAGAAUCCCAAGAUUGGGCCUCUAAGAGUACAAGGCACAGAAGAGAUCACGACAUCAGCAGCUCCCAAGAUCGGCGGUCUGGUGAUCCCCGGUACAAAGAAUGCUGCUGGCGUGAAACAGGCCAACGGUUUGCAGCAAGGCGGUGGGGAGGGACAGGAAGGCCAGCCGGUCCAAGAAAGCGAUGUUUUCGCGACCCUCAACGAGGAGGAUGAUGAUGAUCAAGAAGUCACACACUCCUUCGAGAUUGCCGACCGGGACGUUGAGACGGUCCAGAAAGAGUGUCUGAACCUGGGAUACCCAGUUCUUGAAGAGUAUGAUUUCCGAAGAGAUGAAGUGAAUCCCAAUUUGGACAUCGAUCUCAAGCCCGGUACCCAGAUUCGGCCAUAUCAGGAGAAGAGUCUAAGCAAGAUGUUUGGUAACGGUCGAGCGAAGAGUGGUCUGAUCGUCUUACCUUGUGGUGCUGGUAAGACUCUGGUGGGGAUCACAGCUGCUUGCACUAUCAAGAAGGGCGUCAUUGUCCUUUGCACCAGCUCUAUGUCGGUCGUGCAAUGGCGUAACGAAUUCUUGAAGUGGUCUAACAUCAACCCGGACGAUAUCGUUGCUUUCACGUCUGAUUCGAAGGGAAACGUCUUCACUGGAAGCACUGGAAUUAUUGUCACCACCUACUCCAUGGUUACACAAUCAAGAGCCCGAUCUUAUGAUGCGGAUAAGAUGAUGAAGUUCUUGACAGGCCGUGAAUGGGGUUUGAUGUUGUUGGACGAGGUUCACGUUGUCCCGGCCAACAUCUUCCGCAAAGUCACCUCGUCGAUCAAAACCCAUUCCAAGCUGGGGCUUACAGCUACGCUCCUUCGUGAGGAUGACAAGAUUUCCGAUCUUAACUUCCUGAUUGGCCCGAAGCUAUUUGAAGCGAACUGGAUGGAGCUGUCCAAACAAGGUCACAUUGCCCGAGUCCAGUGCGCUGAAGUUUGGUGCCCCAUGCCGACCGAGUUCUAUGACGAGUACCUCCGAGCGCCCUCGCGGAAGAAGGGCUUGCUCUAUAUCAUGAACCCGCGGAAGUUCCAAGCUUGCCAAUAUCUCAUCAACUACCACGAGUCCAGAGGCGACAAGAUUAUCGUCUUCUCAGAUAACGUGUACGCGUUGAAGGCGUACGCGCUGAAGCUCGGCAAAGCAUACAUCUACGGAGGCACCGGGCAGGCUGAGCGCUUGCAGGUUUUGGAAAAUUUCCAGCAUAACCCCAACGUGAAUACCCUGUUCCUCUCCAAGAUCGGCGACACCUCGCUCGACUUACCCGAGGCUACGUGUCUCAUCCAGAUUUCCUCUCAUUACGGAUCCCGGCGUCAGGAGGCUCAGAGACUGGGGCGUAUUCUACGGGCCAAGAGGCGAAACGACGAAGGCUUUAAUGCGUUCUUUUAUUCGCUGGUGUCCAAGGAUACACAGGAGAUGUAUUUCUCCUCGAAGCGGCAGGCAUUCUUGGUGGAUCAGGGGUACGCCUUCAAGGUGAUUACACAGUUGGCUAACAUCGAGAAAACACCUGGCCUGGCAUUCGCGUCCCCAGGGGAGCGGCGCGAGCUCCUGCAGAAGGUGCUGGUGGAGAACGAGGGCAUGGAGGACGAAGAUAUCACGGAUGAUUUGUUCCAUAGUGGAACAAUGGGUCGCAAGACGAAGAAGAAGGGCGCGGCUCGCCGGACAGCCGGAACGCUCGGAGAACUGAGCGGCGGGCAAGACAUGGCAUACAUCGAACAGAACAAGAGGCUGAAUCAGUCGCUAAAGAAGGGCAAGAAGAAGGAGAGCAAUGCCUUCUUCAAGAAGAUUGACCGUGAGAAAGCCAGGAGGGCGGCAGGUUAG